AUGUGGAAGAGGAAUUCCAAUGGUGCAGUAUGUCGUUAUGUAAGGUAAGAGGUAUAUAACAAAGGAACUACUCACAAUAUCCAGAGCUUAAAUCCACACAGUCUCGCCUGUGAAGAGCUGGGGAGGAGACAGAGAGACUGUGAGUCAAAAACUCUUCUGAAACUGUGUGGGAACAAAAAGUUCUACCAUCUACAAGAUGCACUAAGAAUCCCUAGGUGGGGAUUGUACCACCCAUAAGCUAUACAUCGAGCAGUGCGCCUGCUCCAUAUACCGUGAGUAGAUUUUAUCUUGUUUUAUCAUCCCUAAUAGAUUUACAGGGAGCACUAUAUAUUUUAUUUUUAUUUUAUCCUGAGCUAAACUACCCUACUGGACUAUCCUACUGAAGAACACUAGAGGAACGUCACAUAUCCUUGAGUGGGAAUUAUUCCACUUCACGCAAUUCAAACCAGAGCUGGAUUUAAGCUCUGGAUAUUGUGAGUAGUUCCUUUAUUAUAUACCUCAUACCUUACAUAACGACAUACUGCACCAUUGGAAUUCCUCUUUCACAUAUACCUCUGUAUAACGAGUCUUCAUCUGUUCCCAUAUUCCCUAUCCGCUGGCCUGCAAGGCUCCUCUCCUGCCAACGGAGAUCACCCUAAUUUGGGACUGAUGCAGAUUUGCUCGGACUCUUCAAUAUUUAUAAAGUAUUUUCCUACUUGUUUUAUUUUAUUUUCUAUACUAAUAAUUAUAGUAACAUUACCACUAAUAAUAAUACUAAUAAUAAUAAUACCAAUAAUAAUAAUAAUAAUAAUAAUAAUAAUAAUACUAAUAAUAAUAAUACUAAUUAUAAUACUAAUAAUAAUAAUACUAAUAAUAAUGUAAAUACUUAUUAAUUAUAAUAAUACUGGUAAUUAUAUUAAUUAAAUUGACAUUAAUAAUAAUAGGUGAAUAAUUCGCUCUGUGAGUGCCUUUCCGGGUGAUAUUACUGUGUGGCCCUCAGGGGCCCCAGCCGCUCCCCGCUAUCUGCACGCACAGUAUGUCAGCCCGGGUCCCGUUAUCUGGAAUUCUAGGAGCCGCGCUGCCCUCUGGGAAUUGUAGUUUGGUUGUGAUUUUUCUCCCAUCACAGCUCAGUCUCCCGGCUGAUCCUGGACUACAAGAUCCGUGAGGCAUUGCACAGAUCGGGCCCUGGCUGCGCGCAGGGGAUCAUGGGACGUGUAGUUCAGUGGCCGCUUCAUUCAGGUUCUAAAGACCAUUCUUUGUGCAUUGAAGAACUCCAUUCCCCGGCAUGCCCCGCGCGCCGCAUCUCAAUGCUGUUUAAAAUCUCCGCUCCUGGUAGGGGGCUGGGCAGGGGGCUCAUUGUGCUGGGAGAGCUGCCCAUAAACAGAGACAGAGAGGCAGCAUUGGCUGGGCCUGGCAGCUGGAGACACAGCAAGGCACCAACAAGGUAGGGAGACCCCCCCAUCAUUCCAGCCCCCCCAAUAUGUACCCCAGCCCCCCCAUUCAUCAUCCACCAGCAAGGUAGGGAGACCCCCCCAUCAUUCCAGCCCCCCACCCCCAAUCAUCCAACCCCAUCCCCCCAAUAGUCCAGCCCCCCAUUCAUCAUCCACCAGCAAGGGUGGGAGCUCCCCAUCAUUCCAGCCCCCCACAAUCCAACCCCAGCCCCCCAUCAUUCCAGCCCCCACAAUCCAACCCCAGCCCCAUCAUUCCAGCCCCCAGCCCCAUCCCCCAAUCCAACCUCAGCCCCAUCUUCAGCUCCCCAAUCCAUCCAACCCCAGCCCCCAUCAUCCAGCCCCCCCCAAUAGUCCAGCCCCUAUUCAUCAUCCACUGUGCAAGGUAGGGAGACCCCCAUCCUCCCCAAUUCCCCAGCCCCCAUUAUUCCCCAGCCCCCACAGCCCCACCCCAGCUCCCCAUUCAUCCAACCCCCCUAUUCAUCCAACCCCUUCCAGCCCAUUCUCCAUCCACCAGCAAGGUAGGAGCCCCCAUGUUCCAUUGCCACCAUCAUCCAACCCCCAUCCCCCACAGUCCAGCCCCCAUUCAUCAUCCACCAGCAAGGUGGGGACCCCCAAUGAUCUAACCCCAUCCCCCAUCAUAUAGCCCCCCCAAUAAACCAACCCCAGCCCCCCAUCAUUCAGCCCCCAAUCAUCCAACCCCAGCCCCCAAUAAUCCAACCCCAUUCAUCAUCCACCAGCAAGGUAGUGAGACCCCCAUCAUUCCAGCCCCAAUGAUCAAACCCCCAUUUAUCAUCCACCAGCAAGAUGGGAGACCCCCAUCAUUCCAGCCCCCAAUAAUCCAUCCCCCAUCAUCAGCCCCUACCACCCCCAUUCAUCCAACCCUCAUUCAUCAUCCACCAUCAGGAGGAGCCCCCCCAAUGAUCUAGCCUCCCAAUAAUCCAACCCCCAUUUAUCAUCCACCAGCAAGGAGGAGACCACCCAUCAUUCCAGCCCCAAUAAGCCAAUACUCACCCUCUCCCAGUAAUUCAACCCCAGCCCCCAUCAUUCCAGCCCUCCACCCUACCCCCAUUCAUCCAACCCCCUGUUCAUCAUCCACCAGCAAGGUAGGGAGACCCCCAAUGAUCUAUGUAGCCCCCACAACUAACCCCCAUUAUCAUCCACCAGCAGGUAGGGAGACCACCCAUCAUUCCAGCCCCCACAAACCACCCUACCCCCAAUCCAACCCCAUUCCCAUCAUCUAGCCUCCCCAAUAAUCCAGCCCCCAGUCAUUAUCCACCAGCAAGGUAGGGAGACUCCCAUCAUCCAACCCUUGCCCCAAAUCCUACUUCUCCUAGACCCCCAAAUCCUACUUCUCCUAGACCCCCAUUAUCUUACAGCUAGCAAAGUAGGGAGCCCCCCAUCAUCCAGCCCCACCAAAUCAUCCUCCACCAGCCCCUCACGUCAUACUACAAUCAGCAAGGUAGGCAGGACCCCAUCAUCCCCCCAAAUCAUUCUCCCAGCCCCCCAUUCAUACUCCACCCUGCACGAUAGGGAGACCCCCAGCAAUUUAAUCACAAUCAUCCUGCCCACAACUAGGUAAGUAGACCCCGAGUUCCCCAAAUCAUUCUGUGGCCCCCCUUUCCCCUGACCACUGCCCUUCAAUACAUCCAUCGUCCCUUUUAGUUAGUAGAUUAUCUGUCUGCCCAAACACAAUGUAUCCUUGUUUUAGCUGAAAUGGUUAACUUGUUUGCUAUAUAGAUUGUUUAUAACUAUUAUCCCUGCGUCUGAUUUUCUAACUUGCCAUGAAUGGCCCCCCGGCUCGUGGUGGUAAUAUAUGCAGUGCCCUCUAACAAGAAGCUGGCUGUGAGGGAUCCCCUGUGUCACAUGUUAGGGAUUGCCUUGUGCCCCAUACAGAGCUCUAACACUGUGCUUCUGGCAGAGUAAGCUCCGCUCCAAAUACUGCAGGUCCCCUUCCCAUAAAUCUCAGCUAUUACCUGAAUAGUCUGCAUUAUAUAGUGGUGCUAAGUACUUCUCCAUUGUCAUGGAAACGUCAGCCUGUGUGUGACUGUAUCCAGACCCAAAAUGUGUUUUCAGAGACUGGUUAUAGGGCCCCUGGCGGGGUCUAGGUAUAUUAUGUUUGGGGCCCCUGGCGGGGUCUAGGUAUAUUAUGUUUGGGGCCCCUGGCGGGGUCUAGGUAUAUUAUGUUUGGGGCCCCUGGCGGGGUCUAUGUAUAUUAUGUUUGGGGCCCCUGGUGGGGUCUAGGUAUAUUAUGUUUGGGGCCCCUGGCGGGGUCUAUGUAUAUUAUGUUUGGGGCCCCUGGCGGGGUCUAGGUAUAUUAUGUUUGGGGCCCCUGGCGGGGUCUAGGUAUAUUAUGUUUGGGGCCCCUGGCGGGGUCUAGGUAUAUUAUGUUUGGGGCCCCUGGCGGGGUCUAUGUAUAUUAUGUUUGGGGCCCCUGGCGGGGUCUAGGUAUAUUAUGUUUGGGGCCCCUGGCGGGGUCUAGGUAUAUUAUGUUUGGGGCCCCUGGCGGGGUCUAUGUAUAUUAAUGCCGCGCACAUUCAAAGUGUCCAUAGGAAAGCAUUUCUCAAUGCUUCCUAUGGGCGCUCUGUGCGAUAGAGGCAUAAUAUGACUCCAGCGUCGCAGAUGCGCCUCUAGUGGCUGUCCGGAAUACAGCCACUAGAGGCUGGCUUAACCCCAAAUGUAAACAUAGCAGUUUCUCUGAAUCUGAAGGGUUAAAACCUGAGGGACCUGGCACCCAGACCACUUCAUUGAGCUGAAGUGGUCUGGGUGACUAUAGUGUCCCUUUAACCGUGUUGACUUAGUUCAUGCAGAGCAGAGAGUAUAUUGCAACAUUUGUUGCUUAAGUAACUAACCUCAGUUCAAAUGAUGUGUUUGAAAAAUGUUAGUAUGUUGCAACCUAACUAGUAUAUCUGCAAAGGGAAAAAUGAUCUAAUAAUAAUAAUAAUAAUAAUAAUAACUGAUUACAAAGGGCAGUUCAGCGAUCAGAAUGAUAAUCCAAAGGCUAAAUAUUUAUUGAAGUUGAAAGCUGGAGAGUAAUACUGUUUUUCAAAGUGUUCUGAACCCAUAUCCAUUUAUUUGUAUGUCUGGAGGUUUUAUAGUUUAAGAUUUAUUAAUUGUCUGAAUAUGUGGGUGGACAGUCCUGACGCUCAAUCAGGAUGUCACUUUACAAUUGGAGAGGGACAAUCCAGGAUACCAUCUGAGAGUAGUUAACCUGCUACAAGAGUAGUUUAGUAACCACAUUCUGAGAGUUCUCUAUGUAUAACUUUACUGAUAAAUCACAAUAAAAUACUAAGGGUUAUCUAGGUUUCUGUGUCUCUCAGGGAACUCAUAAUCUAAACUUAAAUGCCUUCUGAUCAGAUUCUAAAGUGCCUUUCAGUCUCAAAAAUACAGAGGUGUGUAAAACCCCUGCCUCGUAAUCUUAAAGGUGCAUACAUGGAUUUUGAUUGCUAUAAAUCACAAUAACCAAACUCGGUGUAGAAGAGUAAAUCUCAUAAUCUAAAACUGGAUUCAAAAGUGUCUUAUGGACUUAAAGGUACAAAAAUGUGCGCUUUGUGAAAAAUACCGUCUUCUAAUCCAAGGGGUGUAAAAAGAAGAAAGUACUUGGUGUAAAGGCUGUAUAUCAAAAACUGGGGUGCAAAAUAAAUGUAGUUAUGGAUAAAAGGGGUAACAUUAAAUUCUUCAUUCAGGCCUUUAGGGUAUAAAGUCCUGAAGGAAUAGAUCCAACGUGACUCAGCUUUUAGAAGGGCUAGGUUCAUGUCACCUCUUCGAUGGUUGAGGGACAGUUUCUGUAUGGCUUGAGACCUCAACACGCUGGGUGUAGCUGCACGAUUGAGUCUUACAUGUCUAGCCACUGGUGUAUCCAUAUUGGGAUUCUUGAUGGAGUUGACAUGUUGGAGUAUUCUGCGACGUAAUUGCUGAUAGGUCUUCCCAAUAUACUGUAACCCACAGGAACAAGUAAUCAAGAGGACUACAUUGGUAGAGCUGCAAUUAAUGAAGGCAUUUACGGGGAUUACCCUUGAAGUUUGAGUGCUAGUAACUGUUUUCGUACAAUGUCCACAUUUAUAUAUUCCCUUUGUGGGUUGCAACCAUGUAGAUGUUGGUGGUGCUGGUUGUAAAUGGCUGUGUGUAAGGAGGUCUGCCAAAUUAUUAGCUCUUCUGAAGGUCAUAGAAUAGUGUGUACUGUAGCGCCUAUUAUCCCUAAUGCACUACAUUGCCUAUUAUCCAGCACAGUCAGGAUGGCGUCUCCUGCCACAGUCAGUAAAAGUGUUACACACUUCUAUCUCAAAGUACCACAUAGCUGCACUCAUUGAUGGGCUUAAAACCCACAUAACAGGAACUCUCACAGGACGCGUUUUGCUGAGGCUGUCUAUCUUCUGCUGCCACAGUGUGUGUGUCUGUCCGAAUAUCGCCCGUUUUUAUUAAAUCAAGAAAUGCUCCCCAUUCUAUCGUUUUAAAUCGCUGCGGAAUAUGUGGGUGAUGUAUAAAUGCUGGUAAUAAUAAUAAUGACGACAUUCUUUGAGCUUCCAGCUGCUGUUUAGUGAGUGUGUGAUAUAAUAUACUAUACACGGUUUGUAACUUCAAAGAAGAGUUCUGGCUGUAGGUCUGUCCGUGGGCAGUCUGUGAAGAUGCUAGCCAUCCUGGGCUCGGCGUGGUGAGAGUAGGAGUCUUCCUCUUCUGCUUUUGACGAUUUAGACCCCUUUCCUGUGUCCCCCCUCACCUUCUGUACACGUUUUCCAUUUCCACCUUUACUGGUGUGUGUUUAAUGAACAUAUUGUCGCUUUGUGAGAUUAAUAUGGGGACCCUGGCAGUUAGCUUGGGGUCUGUAUACUCAACACAUUUAUCUGUAAUUGUGUUUGGCACCCAAUUUCCGUCCUCUGGCACCCAUAACGACAACUUUCUUUUUGCUAAAUUUUUUAUUGAUUGACACUGUCCCGUGGCUGUGCCAGGCUACCUUGUCUGACACAUUCUGUGCCCGUGGCUGUGCCAGGCUGCCUUGUCUGACACUCUCUGUGCCAGGCUGCCUUGUCUGAUUCUGUGGCUGUGCCAGGCUGCCUUGUCUGACACCCUCUGUGCCAGGCUGCCCUGUGUGAUGGACUCUGUGGCUGUGCCAGGCUGCCUUGUCUGACACCCUCUGUGCCAGGCUGCCCUGUGUGAUGGACUCUGUGGCUGUGCCAGGCUGCCUUGUCUGACACCCUCUGUGCCAGGCUGCCCUGUGUGAUGGACUCUGUGGCUGUGCCAGGCUGCCUUGUCUGACACACUCUGUGCCUGUGGCUGUUCCAGGCUGCCCUGUGUGAUGGACUCUGUGGCUGUGCCAGUGUAACGGAUCACCUGGCACCCUGACUGGGUACCUCCAUUGAUGGAUGCUCCUAGCGCUUCCUGAGGGCUCCAAGCAUUCCAGCCGACACCAUAACCACCGUAGACUUCUCCAGAGAGCAAUGCAGGAACAAGCUCUUACAAGAGCUUAGUAGUGAUUUAGCAAGGGAGUAUGACAAGCAUAAGAGACGGCACUCCAAAUUGAGGGUGAAGUAGAACUGCCAGAGCUGUGGGUUUAUUGUUCUUAUAUACACAUUAGUACCACCCACAGGGUUUUGGAAAACAACCAAUAAACACGUACAAUACACUCAGACACUCCCACACAAAAUCCUCCCCUCUGCCUGUGAUACAAUUACCUUACACAAUGGGUUAAUAUAAUUAUCACAGGCAGGAAAAUAUAGUUUUACACAAUAUUCAUAACUUUAAAAGUAUGCAUCACAUUCACAUUUUAUAUUUUCAGAAUCCGCAUACUCCAAAUACAAACAUACGUCAAAAAUCAUACAAAUUGGUCCAGUAGGUCAAAAGUUAGAUCAACGUCCUUUGUGACUAAAUGAAGCAUGGCUUUUCUGCCCAAAACCAUUUCCACAGAAUCUUCUAUCCUGGAGAUAAUUGGGAAGUAAUCCAACUAUCUCUAAGGACAGAGGCAAAACUCAAUUAGCCACAUGGUAGCAAAAUACAAUUAAAUACAUAACAAUAUAUAACUGUGCAGCCAUUGCAUAAAACAGGUACAUUCAACAUAUACCCAAAUAGCUUAGAUCUGAGCGCACAUUAUUACUGAAUGGCGCUCAGAGCACACACAUACAGUUCAAUUGCCAUGGAGCCAAAGUCUUUCACAUAGUCUUUCGUUAUACGAAUGGGCUCCAUGGCAUAGCUAUCUGGGGUAACACUGCUCACAUAGGGAAAGUACCGAAUGACCCAGCUUUCUGGUCUUUGCAGGGGAAAAUCAAGCAGUUCAACAUGGGGCCAUAGUCAAAGGGCAGGAGGCUGGCAAUCAGUCUUCUCCAAUGCCCAGUGGCAAGGCUGGUUCCGCCACAGCCAGGCUGCCUUGUCUGACACACUCUGUGCCAGGCUGCCCUGUGUGAUGGACUCUGUGGCUGCACCAGGCUGACUUGUCUGAUACACUCUGUGCCCGUGGCUGUACCAGGAUGCCCUGUCUGACACACACUGUGGCUGUACCAGGAUGUCCUGUCUUACACACUCUGUGCCCGUGGCUGUGCCAGGCUACCUUGUCUUACACACUUUAUGCCCGUGGCUGUGCCAGGCUACCUUGUCUGACACACUCUGUGCCCAUGCCAGUACUGACUAUACCAGAAACCCCCAUGUAUUACCCAGUAUUGACUAUACUGGAACACCCCCUACCCCUCCCCCCCAAUAUUCCCCUGUACUGACUAUCCCGGAACCCCCCCACCUGUAUUCCCCAGUACUGACUAUACUGGAACCUCCCAACCCUCGGAUUACCCGUGCUGCCUAUACUGGAACCCCCUAUUCCCCUGUACUGACUGUCCCUAACCCCCGUAUUCCCUGUACUGACUAUCCCCGAACCCCCGUAUUCCCCUGUACUGAUAUCCUAACUGCCCCUGUAUUCUGUACUGACUAUACUGGACCCCUGUGUACUAUACAACCCUGUUUACCCAGUGCUGACUAUAUACUUGACCCCUUGUAUUACCCAGUGCUGACUAUACUGGGACCCCCCUGUAUUACACAGUGCUGACUAUACUGGACCCCCCUGUAUUACACAGUGCUGACUAUACUGGACCCCCCUGUAUUACCCAUUACUGACUAUACUGGGACACCCCUGUAUUACCCAGUGCUGACUAUACUGGACCCCCCCUGUAUUACCCAGUGCUGACUAUACUGGACCCCCAGGUGCUGACUAUACCACCCCCUGUAUUACCCAGUGCUGACUAUACUGGACCCCCCAGAUACUGUGCUGACUAUACCCCCUGUAUUACCCAGUACUGACUAUACUGGACCCCCCCUGUAUUACCCAGUGCUGACUAUACUGGACCCCCCUUGUAUUAUCCAGUGCUGACUAUACUGGACCCCCCUUGUAUUAUCCAGUGCUGACUAUACUGGACCCCCCUUGUAUUACCCAGUGCUGACUAUACUGGACCCUUCUCAUCACGUGCAGCGAACUCUCUCUGCAUCCAGACAGAUGUUCAGGGGCAUUUGAGGCUUUGUGGAUCAGCUGAACAGUAUUAUGAUAAGGCGUUGGUGUCACGUGACCAUCUUAUCAGCCAGAGGAAUUCAAUCUCCUUUUUAGCCCGGCUUUGUGUAGUCCUCUAAUCUCCCCCCUUAUCUGUGGUCAGUGUCGGUUUACUUGGAAGGAGCAGUGGGCUGCAGUUAGAUGACGGAGUUCAGGGACCCCGGUUUAAAUGUCUCCUCUUUGCUGAGAAGAUCUGCGGACUGGGCUCCGGUUACCUGUUACUUAACAUUGGAUUUGAUUACAGUAAGUUUCUCCUGCACUAAAUUCCGGUUUCUUUUCCAGGUGGUCUCAGUAUGUGGUGACAGCCGAGACGGUACGAUCUAUACUUGGUGACCUGAUGCAGCAGAUUCUCAAUUGUGUACCUGAUCGAAACAUUUGGCCAUGA